AUGAGAAAAGGAAAAAACAAUAAUACCAAAGAUAAUAAAAAUAUAAAUAAUAAUAUAAAUAAUAUUAUAAAUCAUAAUAUAGAUAAUAGUAUAAAUAAUAUUAUAAAUAAUAAUAUAAAUAAUAUCCAUAAUAUAGAUAAUGCAGAUAAUAUAGAUAAUAUAAAUAAUAUAAAUAAUAUAAAUAAUAAAAAUAAUAAAAAUAAUAAAAAUAAUUACACAAGCAAUAAAAAUAAUAGAAAUAAUAAAAAUAAAUCAAAAAAUAAAAAUUCAGAUGUAGACAAAAUUGAAGAAAGUAAUGGCGAAGAUGACGAACAUGAUAUAGAACAGAGCCCUAAAAUUAAAAAAACACCAACAAAAGUAUCACCUGUCAAAAACAAUAGGGGUCGUAAAUCAACCAAAUGGAAUCCACAAGAAGAUGAAGUUCUUAUUAAAUUAAUUGAAGAGAAUGGAACAAAAGAUUGGUCAAUUAUAGCAGAAGGAUUAAAUACAGGAAAAGAUAGGAAUGAUUGUCGUUUUAGAUGGCACAAAUAUAAUAUUGUACAUGUUGGUAUUACUCAUGGGAAACAUUGGACUGCAGAAGAAGAUGCGCUUCUUCUAAAACUCGUAAAUGAAUUUGGUGCAAAAGAUUGGAAUAAAAUAGCAGAGUAUAUCCCAGGACGUGAUAAAAACCAAGUUAAUGGUCGUUGGCAUAGUUAUUUAAAAAUAAAAACAGGCUCUCCAUUGGCCCCUAGAAAAAUUCCUCGUAAAGUUUGGACCGCCGAAGAAGAUGAAGAGUUAACAAAUUUAGUUCAUUUAUCAAGUUGGGGUAAAAAUUGGGUGAUCAUUUCAGAAAAAAUGAAUGAAAAAUUCAAUACAGAAACAAGUAAAGAAGCAUGCUCAAGACGUUGGAAUACUCACUUAAAAUCUAAAGUAGAACAAUUAGAUUCAGACCAUUGUAUUCCAUAUAUGUCAGACUCUGAUUCAAAUGAUGGUAUAUUUUGAUUCACAAUAAUAUAGAAUUAAUAAUAAUAAUAAUAAUAAUAACAAUAACAUAUAAAAUUACAUGUAUAUAUAAAUAUUUUUUUCCAGUUCAAUAUUUAGUUUAAACUACCAUUUUUUUUAGGGUAGUAUUUUUAUAAUGAGCCAAAACUCAUUAUUUAUUUUAUAUAUUAGAAAUAAUUUAAAUAAAAUUUAUAAUUUAUAAUAAUAUAUC